UACUGCGCAUGCGUGGACCUUCUCAAAGAAAUCAUAAAAAUUACGAAAUAAAAAAAUGAUUGAAGAAAUGAUAUCAUGUCCGUGGUUGGAGACACCCAGCGAUAUAGAUACAGAGAGCAGCGAUGAUUGGUUCUAUAAAUCUAUUUCUAUGUACAAGCAUCUACUUAUGUACAAUCUGCCAGUACAACCAGAAGCUGUUGUACUUAAGGCAGGAGGAGACCUACUCGCUUUAUCAGGUCCGAAUCCAAGAUGUGCCACUAAACAUGAAAUCUCUGUUUACCGUCUUCCCUCCAAACUUCUCUGUACUAGUGAUCAAGAUGAAGGUUUGAAUAACUCUCGAGAUUUCAAAUUGGUGUCAGGAAGCAUUGUUAGAACUCCCAUAGUAAAACUUCAGUUUAAUACACAGGGACAGCUGAUUUCCAGUGAUGGUGAACCUAAUCUGCAGAUCUGGAACAUGCAGGAGGCUGGUGAAGAUGUUCUGGGGGAUGGAGGACAAAUAAAAUCCUGCCUCAAGAUUGUAGAUUUCUAUGUAGAUCACGAUACAGCCUGCAUUACAGACGGGAUCGUGAUGGCGUAA